GCGGCGGCACGUGACCUACAUUCUAUUCCAAGGCACCGACUGUAGCAGCAGCUGUUGUCAAUGCCUUGUUUUCUAGUUCCAUCCGCCAGCGCUGAGUUAGAACACUGAUAUGUAAAUGGAACUUGGGGCACAAUAAGCCACAUUUUAAAUGCAACCUGAAGGAGUCACAGGAACAAUCUUCGUGGACAGUUGUCCUGCGUUUCACACUUUUGGACCCCAACCCAAGUGGUAAACCCAUUUUACGUCACCCCCGCACACACGCCUCUUACAAACCACUCGAACCUUUUCCAAAACAAUACUCACUCCGACUACACAGGCACAUUCUGAACUUUUCCCUGACCUCUUCUAUAAAAAACAGAACACUGGUUGCCACCCACUGACACCGGUUCUGUGACUGGUGCCUAGGUCCCAGCCCGCAGUGGGAAAGCACUAUACACUGAAAUACUUUAUCAGGCAAGCCGCCGGCAGUGCCGCCUCGCUGCCUCGCUGCUUCCACGCUGCAGGUCCCCUCGUGGAGAAAAUCCAGUCCCAGUCCCCCUGAUGCACACGGAGAGGUGGUCCACGCUCGGGGCGCCCCGGGCAGAAGUCACCGCGGCCAUGCGCCCACGGCCGGCACCAGGGACCGCGGAACCCUGGGUGUUCCUCGAGUGAGGUUAGUCUUCAGCGAAACCCUAAGCGGGAGGGAGAGAGUUUUUUUCGACCUUUUCUCCCCCGAAGACUUCAAAGUUCCUUUAGGAUUGUGGUGCCCGCUCCUGGGAUCACCUGUCUCCUGGCCACUCCUCAAAAAGAGGAACCCACAGCCCCAAGCCAUUGCUGAAGAUCCGGGUGUGCAACCUCCUCUAAGGUGAUGUCGGGACAGCUCAGGCACACGAGGGCCACGCGGGCAGCCGAGCGCGCAGAGGCGGCUCCGGCGGCUGCCCGUCUCCCCGCGGGCCUCCGCUGCGCCCGCCUGGUGCGCCUCGCCUGGGGCGGCGUCCCCCGCGCCUCCGCUCCGGGCAGGUGGGAGGGAUCGAGCUGCCUUUCCUUUCACUUUCUCCUGCCGCCGGGCCCGAACUACAGUUCCCACCGCGCCGCGAGGCAAGAGGAAGAAGGGGCGCCGAGGGCUGAGGAGGAAAACCGGGAGAGAAAGGGUCGCCGCCUGCUCGCCCGCGGAGGUGAGGGAGCCGGACCGGCCCGCAGCAGGUCUAUUCCAGGUGCGAGCGCCAUGCAGCUCUCCGGCUCAGCCAGGACAGCUGAGGAGGACUUCGACUACUUGUUCAAGAUCAUUCUCAUCGGGGACUCGAACGUGGGGAAGACGUGCGUGGUGCAGCACUUCAAAUCCGGGGUCUACACGGAGUCGCGGCAGAACACCAUCGGGGUGGACUUCACCGUGCGCUCCCUUGAGGUGGACGGCAAGAGAGUGAAGGUGUGGGACACGGCCGGCCAGGAGCGCUUCCGCACCAUCACACAGAGCUACUACCGCAGCGCGCACGCGGCCAUCAUCGCCUACGACCUCACGCGGCGGGCCACCUUCGAGUCGGUCCCUCACUGGAUCCACGAGAUAGAAAAGUACGGAGCGGCUAACCUGGUCAUCAUGCUGAUCGGAAACAAGUCGGACAGGUGGGAAGAGCGGCACGUGCUGUUUGAGGAGGCCUGCACGCUGGCCGAGAAACACGGCCUCCUCGCCGUGCUGGAGACGUCUGCCAAGGAGUCCAGGAACAUAGACGAGGUCUUCGUGCUGAUGGCCAAGGAGCUGAUUGCCCGCAACAGCCUGCACCUGUAUGGGGAGAGCGCCCUGAACAGCCUGCCCCUGGACUCCAGCCCGGUUCUCGUGGCACAGAGGCCCAGUGAAAAGACCCACUGCACCUGCUGAACCCAUGCCAGGCCGUCUCUGGAGCCCAGGAGCCCAGAGCCUCCUUCUUGUCUCCUGAUCGCUCCUUCCUGGACGAGCAGCACUUUUGCCUGAACUGCCAGCCCAGGCCACAGGCGCCAAGUCUAACCAAAGGGGACACUGCUGGAACCCGGGCGCCGGGCAGGGGCGGGAGGGUGGGGCUGGCCCUCCCCUCUCCCUGCUCUGUCUCCUGGCUCCUCCACUGCUCUCAGCUGGAUUCUGCUUCUCACUUGCAGAGCAGCCGCGCUGGGGGGUGUCUGGAGCAGUUUGACGAAGCCUGGGCAGGAGGGCUGGGGACGCUGGCAGUGGGAACCCCAAUGCCGUCACCGCGGGCCCGAUGUCCCCACCUCAGGGCUUCAGCGGCGGGAGCAAAGCCUGCUGACGCGAACACCAGGGACCUCUGAGGGGUGGACUUGGAUGCCCCCGGUCCUGGCUGGGCUGGGAUGUGGGGGCCCUGCAGACGCCUUCUGGAACAUUACUCACUUGAAGUACAUGGCUGCCUCAUGAACGAUUAUGAGGCCCUUACUGGGCUUCCCCGAUGUGGCCCUGGGGCCGGGGUGACCCCAGACUACUGCCCCGGGCGGCUCGCGGGGGUGGACGAUGCUCACUGGCAGCGGGGACUCCUGGGAGCGUGGCACCAGUCAGCCACUGAGCUCUCUGUCCGUCAGCGGUCACGCCAGGCCUCCUGGGGGUGGGCGAGCCCUCCCAGGGGUCCUGUCCCGCAACAGGGGGCGCUCAGUCCCUACUCUCCCCUGCUGCCGCCCUGCUGCUUGGGCGGGCGUCUCAAGGCCCAGACCACGACAGUGAGGGGGCACCAGGCGCCACCACCCCAGCCCUCCUGCGGGUCAGAGAGGAAUCCACUCUCCAGUCUCCCCUCUGUGCUCCGUACACAAGUCCUGGUGCCUCGGGAGCCCCCGGGCCCCGAGGGUCCAUCCCGAGCUACAACACCUGCAGGGGAGCGCUUUCACUUUCUGAUUCAAGGUCCCUUUUAGGGACUCCUUGCCGUGCAGCUGAGUCUCCGGUGCUUGUCAGCUAGCUCUGUUCCCAAAAACCAGAGCAGCCAAUCCCAGGACACAUGGUCAGGACCAGGCCCCAGCCUAGUGAAUGGCCUGCCAGGUUCCCCUCUGUGGUUAGGGGAAGCAGCUGGGACCCCAGCCUCUGGGAUCAGUGAGCUGCUUUCCUGCCUCUCCACCCCCAGCAAUGGGAGAUCCCAGGCCAGGAGCCUGCAUCGUGGCACAGCCAAUAAUAGUCCCCCCACCCCCACACACCCCCAUUCCCCACUUCCUGCAACACCAGCGUCCCAUAUGGGCACUGAUCGAGACCCGAGACCCGGCUGCUCCACUUCCGAUCCGGCUCCCUGCUAUGCACCUGGGGAAGCAGCAGAAGAUGGCCUUAGUGUUUGGGCCCUGCACCCACACGGGAGACCCAGAAGUGGCUCCUGACUCCUGGCUUUGGCCUGGCCCAGCCCCAGCCAUUGUGGCCAUUUGGGGAGCAAGCCAGCAGAUGGAAGAUCCUCUCUCUCUCCCCCCUCUCUCUCUCUCUCUCUCUGCUUCUCUGUAACUCUUCAAGUAAAUAAAUAAAUGUUUAAAAAAAGGAAGUAAGUAUGUGUGAGUCCAUCAGCUUCAUGCUCUCCCUCUGUGACUGCUCCUGCUGGUCAGGUUUCUUUGAUCUUCCAGCAACAAUGAUUUUUAGGGUUUUUCUAUUUCUGAAAAAAAAAAAAUCUUGAUUAUGACUGCAUUAAAUCUGUAGCUCACUGGGUAUUCUUGACAUCUUAA